CUCCUCCGCCAGGGAGUUGAUCCUGCGCUGCGAGCCGCUCCAGCUCUUGCCGCACGAGAUCUUCACCGAGCAGCUCAUCCUCUCAUAAUAGACGAUCACGUGACCCAAGUCAAGCAUCAACAGAGCUCGCACAAUGGUAACGCAGUGUAUUGAUCGUAAAACCAUAAUUACCGCGCGUAAAAGAGGCUCCAAGAAAGCCGUGAAAAAGGAACGUUUAUCUAGCGGAGGAAUUAAUAGAUCGAGUUACGAGCACCAAACACAUUUGCCUGUACAAGCGUCUUUUUGGGAAACGUUAUAAGUGCUUCACCGAUGCGCAGCUUCCGGCAUUCAGAGAAGAGAUAAUGCAUGAACGCGUUAUUCAUGAUUUUGAGUUGCUCCUUCAGAGUGCCAUCGACGCACCUGCUCUAUCGAUCCUGCAACGUUUACAACGCGGAUGGCGAGAAAGGCAGCAAAUUGUGCGGACCUGUCCGCAAUUGCUGCUCGAGAGUGAUUGUUGAUUUCUAUUUUAUGCCGAUCACGCUUGAUGAAGGUUGAGGUACGCUUCCUCCGUACAGUAUCAAGCGAGAAACAGAGAUACUUGUUGCCGAGAAGUAGAGAUAACUGUCACGAUAUGCCGUCAUAAACCUGUUACCGCGUAUAAAAUAAUCCCGAGUGUUAUUUGCGUGUUAAUUGCACGAUGAGUGCUCAGGUGGAAAAACUCUGUCGCUACGCGCGACUUCUAAUGGAAAGCAAACUCUCCAUGGUAACGAGUGUCGAUUCAACCUCAACUUUGACGCUAGCCAGCCCCGAAAUGUUCCCUGUUCCCUCUGCUUAGUCGUGCGGGAAGGCUGGUAUGGUAAAAAGUUUGCGCUUUCCGGACUUAAAAAAUAUCCAUGAUGCUGAAAUUUCAACAACGCGCCACCCCGGAGGACAUCAAGAUCGCUGCGACCAUAGAACGCAAGCGACAGCUCGAUGAAGCGAGGAAACUGCGCAUCUUCAACCCCCGUGUGAGGAAGUUUGGGAUAGACAAGGCAUUCUUGGAUAAGCAAGUCGAGGAGAAGAAGCGGCAGCACGAGUGGGAACUGGCGAAAGAAUGUCAAUUAGACGAGGCUCUCAUUCGCAGCAGCGAGCUCGCCGUGCACUUGGAGAGGCAGCAAGAGGAGGAAAGGCGAAGGCUAAACAAGGAGAUCGAGUCCUUUCGACGAGUGCAUCAGCGAGCGGAGGACCGUCGGGAUUACGACCUGUACGACCCCGAGGCACUAAGGAAAUCGCUCCCACCGCGAGUCGACGACGAUGACCCGAGCUUGGGACUGGCGUCCGCUCAGAAGUUCGAGGGCGAGGAUCGCGAUCUGCGGGAGCGGCUGAGACUGCAGAAGAGGCAGAUGCGUUGGUGGAUUCUGAGGCAAACGGAGGAGCGCGAGGCCAAUGAGGAGGCGCGACGAGACGCCGAGAGAGCCCAUGAGGAAGUCGUCCUCUCCAGGGACAAGCGCGCGAUCGUGCUGGCGCGGAUGGAGGAAGAAUGCCGGCGAAGGUUGAACGAAGCCACGGCGAGAUUCAAUCGCGCUCUGGCCGCCGAGCAACAGCAUCGCCGUCACCGCGAAGCCGUUCAAGACGAGGAGGACAAGAAAGCGGAAAUCUAUAAUCACGUGACUGGCGACUUCCUCACCGAGGCCAGGGAGCAGGCUGAGAGCGUUUAUGGUCCCCACAAGCCGCUGGUAUCACGGUACAAAGGCAUGACUGCAGAUGAAUUGAGAGUCUUCAGGGAUGGCCAGUUGGAGCAAAUGGAACAGAUUCGAAAAAUGAAGAUGGAAGAGAAGCGCAUGAAUGAGGAUUGGGAUCGCUUGACGAGUUCGCAUCUUCGAGACGCAUAUUCGUACGAGCUCGAAUUAAAUCAGAGAAAGUCGGAGGUUAACAAGAAAAUUGCGGAGGAGAACUUGCGACUCGCCGAACAACAGAAAUCGCAUCAAGAAUACCUGAAGCGUGUCCUUUACAAGAAUGAGCCAACCGCAGCCUUCUACGAACAAUUUAACAAAGGAACACGUUGAAUGCAGCGCAUCUUCAGUAGAGACGAAUGCAAAUUCGAAAAAGUAAUUUUCUGCCAACUUCUGAGUCGAUAAGUUUGUCUCACCUGGUAAAGUCGGUGCGCAAUCGAAUUGAUGUUACCUACUUGUCCAAAUACAAUUCCGAUAAUCACAAAAGUUUAUAAUAAUUUACAUAUCAACGUUUUAAAUUGUAUAUUUUUAUUCAUUUCCAAAUCAUACUAGAUUUGUGUCAUAUAUUCUAAUCAAAUACGAAAUCUCAUCACAGAUUCCAAUAAAUUUAAAAGUUUAAUUUAAAUUUAAAUUUGGAAUUUUAAAAGUAAAAUUCGUAAUAAAUAUCUGAUUAUUAUCUCAUUAUAUAUUGCAAUAAAUUCAUUGUUUUGCAGAAAUAAAUAUUAUCCCAACCAUCAUGUAUCUAAAAUCGGUAAUAUUGAAGUGACACAUGGUAAUAGAGCGCAGAUAAAAAAGAGCUGUAGAUAAACCUGACAAGUGAAGGUGACAAAUUUGAAGAUAACUCUAUUAUGAAAAACUAUUAAUGAUUGACAAUUACAAUACGAUGCAUAUUGCAAUUAUCAAAUCAAAAGAGAAUAAGUGGGAAUUUUCCAUAUCUUUUUCAUUAAUUUUGAUGCUAUUAUUCGCAAUAUCGCACGUUUUAAUUGAAUCGUUUUAUAUAUACUUUUUUUCUCUUCGAUUGUUAAGAAGAACUUAACAUCACAGAUGCAACACUUAUGUUUAUGCUUAUAUAAAUAGUACAAAAUUUA